ACGAUCCUUAGCCGCUGCUCGCAAGAGUUGGGGCUUAGCCCUGUUCGGACUGAGUUCCCUUUGGGUUCACUCCAUUCUGCUCCCUGAACUCCCUCUGCGGCGCGCUGCGUGGUGACUGAUCGUUCACGUCCUGUCCUAGUCGGGGCCUAAGGCUUUUAUCCUGGAGGUUGCUGACUUUCAGAGGUUGAGGGGGAAGGGUUUGGUAUACAGAACUUCUCUUACUUGCCUCACUCAUCAAACUUUUGAUAGAGCCCUUGGAUGAGAGGCAAUAAUGAAGGGCUACCACUAACUAAUGGGAGUUAGGAAAAAACUUCUCCUGUGAGCAGGCUUUUCUGUUAUGGGGGUUUUGUGCCUGUUCUGAAGAAUCCGACACUGGCGACUGUUGUACACAAGGAUUAGAAGAGCAACAAUCAACACUGGAGACCACAGAAAAGCGUUCAGCUUUGUAUCACAAAAGCAAGGACUUAUUCAAGGAACUGUAUCUUCAGCAGAAGGUCUCUAAAUGGGAGCUCCUGUGAGAGAGUAAUUUCUGUGUAGUGAUGACUUUUUGAACAGAUGGCCACUUAAAUACUAAAAAACUUGAAAGAACCAGUGUAGAGUCUUGAGAUCUGCUUAUUGUAGCUCUUUGUUUCUGAUGACCAUAUUCAUGCUUUCUGUAGCUUUCUGAUCCAUUGCAGGCACUAAGAUGGUUUUCCUCCUGUUUGGAAAAUUUUCAUAAAGUAGCUUUGUUGGUUCAGUCUCAGAAUUGAUUAACAUAAGUUUUGAAGAGACUUUAAUGUUGCCUAGGCUCUGCAAGGUUUCCAUGUAGCUAUUGUGGGAUAAACCUCCAAAAUGAAGGCACUUUGGUGGAUUUACUCUUCAUGAAAAUAAGCCACAAGGAUCACUAUUGACAUCAGUAUUUGAACAAAAUCUCCAGUAUAUUCAUCACCUAAAGCCAAAACCCACUGAAGUCUCCACAGUCUGCGUUUGUGGAACAAUAUUUUUACUGCUGAAAAAAAUGAGCUGUUUGCAUCACUUGCUUUGGAGGAGAAACCGCUCCUGAGGGCGAUGAGACAUGAUUAAGAUCAUCUGAUGUAAAUGGCCAGCCCCACUUUAUCAGAACCUAACUCAGCUUCUUGGUGGAACUACUUUUUCCUUUAUGAUGGUUCAAAGGUAAAGGAAGAAGGGGAUCCCACAAGAGCUGGCAUUUGCUACUUUUAUCCCUCUCAGACUCUCCUUGACCAGCAGGAACUGCUCUGUGGACAGAUUGCCGGAGUGGUGCGCUGCAUAACGGAGAUAUCCAGUGCUCCCCCAAGUCUCAUUCGGCUGAGAAAGCUCAAGUUUGCAGUAAGGGUGGAUGGCGAGUAUCUCUGGGUGCUGGGCUGUACCAUUGAACUCCCUGAUGUCAGCUGUGGACAAUUUCUGGAUCUACUGAUUGGACUCUUCAGAUUUUACAAUGGACCAGUGUGUCAUGCUUACAUGGUGUUUUCUCGGGAGGAGCUGAGCACACAGUGGGACAGGUACAUUGAACAUAUUCAGAAAAACACCAGUGACCUGCACAAGAUCUUCAAUUCCCUUUGGAACUUGGACAAAACCAAGGUGGACCCCCUGCUGUUACUGAAAGCAGCUCUCAUCUUGCAGACCUGCCAGCGUUCACCUCAAGUGUUGGCAGGUUGCAUCCUCUACAAAGGCCAGAUUGUGAGCACACAGCUUCCACCUCCUCUCACUGCCAAGGUUCUCCUUCAAGGAACAGAAGCUGCAGAAAAGAGCAUACCUGGAGGUGGGGAGGUGCUGCAGGAGCAUGAUCCCGCAUUGCCUCAGGAUGUCUGCAUCCUCCCAGUUUCUCUAACGGACGGUGAAGCCACAGGACUCCGGGACUUUCCAGUAGAGUGGAUGACUAGGUUGCCCACAUCUCCAGCAAACCCUAAAGGAUCUAAGAUCACCCUCCACUCACGGGCAUUCUUGGAUUCGGCCCGGGUUGAUGAAGUCCGAGGCCAGCAUGUCCUUGUGAGAGAGCUGGGAGCCCUGCCCAGCAAUUCCAAACUGCCUGCUGCAGAGCGCACUCGAGGCACAAGUGCGGCCCUGGGGUCCUCUGACUUUCCAAAGCCUUGUGCCCUGGGGCAGGAAGGUGGAAGCACUACGGAACCUGUAACCAGCUCUAACACUAGUGAGCGCAUAAAGUCUGAAUGCUGCAGCCUCCAGAGGCGUCACACAGCCAGUGGCAGCCACACCACCUGCUAUCCUUCCAAAGAGAUGAGGAGAAGCAGCUCAAGCGAAUGUGACAAUCUGUCGAGUGUAGACAAACAAGACACCAGCAGCCAAAACAGAACCUUCAAAAGAGGAGAUGGAGCAACCAGGGAUGACGCUUCCGGGCAGGAGCCUCUGCCCAGUGCUGUACGGUUGGGGCAGAAGUUCCCUGCUGAAGAUUGUGGUAGGAACCAGUUUCCUGUUGCUGAAGUCCAGGAGAGCCUACGCAGUGGCAUUGCAGAAGGCCCAGGCUCUCCCAAGAGCAGAGACAAUGGUUUGCCUUCACAAGUAACUACUGGGAUGGACUGUCUAGCAGCAGUAGAUUGCACAGUGUCAGGCAGUCAGGCCAAGCUGGUUAAGAUGAUCUUGUAUGUUCACAGAAUUAAAGGGUUAGUGCUCUUGCUGCUGGCGGAGGAGCAGUUUAAGGAUGACCAGGGGUCCAUUGAAGAUGUGUAUCACAGCAGUCUGGCUUCUCUCAAUGGCCUGGAGGUUCACCUGAGGGAGACUUUGCCGAAAGACCAUUCCUCUGCAGCCAAAGCCACCUACAGCUUUACUCACUACGACUGCAUUCAGAACGUACUCACAGCAAACCUGCCCCAGAUACCGGGCGCUCAGCAUCAGCACUUCCUGAGAGCUGCUAGUCUGAUCCAUUCUGACUUCAACCAGCUCCCGACUGCUUCUGAAAUGACAAUCAGGAACGCCUCCACUGCCAUCUAUGCCUGCCAGAACCUGGUCCAGGAAACGUACUUCCAGCAGCUGGCUGCUCCACUGCGCAACUCAGGGGUUCCCAACCCUCAUGACAGUGCGUUCAGCUUAUCAGGCAAGGCCAAACAAAAGCUGCUGAAGCAUGGGGUGAAUCUACUCUGAGUGUGGUUUGACCACCUGGAAUAGCCUGCUCAAAUCCAAGGCAGAAGAAGCUCUGUCUCUAAUAAGCUAAAAUGCCAGGACUUUUAUUCCAUGCCAGCUGCUCUUUAAAGAACCUGGGGGCACAAAGCUUUAUUUGCGUGUCGUAUCCUUGGUUGGUUAAACAGUGAGUAACCUGGAGCCACUGAGUGCUUUACCUUUGGGAUGGUGUUCUGUAUUGCCAGGUAACCCAGCAAGCUGUGUGCUAUGGGGCCACUUUGCAUUGUCGAGGUCUGGUAUGGUGGGAAAUGUUGACUGUUACCAAAGAAUCCACGAGGCAGAUUUCAGUGGCACAGUGCGGCUCAGGACUCGCUGCUGAUGCACCUGGCGUGCCUUGACUGAAAGCGAACAAUUUGCCUGCUCUCAGCUGCACAGGGUCACGGGUUGCUGUGCAAAACCGGCUUUGUGAGCUGCCUGUCGCUGAUUCUUGCUGUGGAAUUCCUGUUCCUACGCUCCUUGUCAGUCAGACUUUGAAUUAUUUACACCUCUGGAGCUACAGAAGUGAUUCCGUCACCAGGUAGUGCCUCACCUUGACUUAACAGUGCUCUGCAUGUUGUCAGACUAACAGGAGUAGAAGGAGAAACUAACAACUCUCUUGCAGUAACAUGAAGCACUUAGGUUUUUAUCACAGCAAUGUCUGGGAGGUCUCCUAGUCCCGCCAUCUGUCUUCAGCAUUCCUUACUUCAGCGAGCUGCUUAACGCUGGCCUUCCAAACUGCUCACCAAGAGCAGAAAACCCCUGUAACCUGUUGUUUCCCCGCAGCAUCCCUGCCUUUCAUGAGUGCCAUUACGAUGUCCAUGUACAGCCCUGAACACACUGUGCUCACAGCCUAUGGUGCAAGGCCCAGGCCUGGGCCCUAUCUGCACCCAGGACUUCGGUCUGUCUGCCACUCCUCCUAUGGAGACACUUUUACUGCCAAAGCUGACCUUGCCUCCUUGCUUUCUUGCUACCUCCCUGAAUUCAGCUCUGCUGUAUUCGCAGAGCCCAUUAGCUGAUCAAACAAAAAAGCUUUUCAGCUCCUCUACAGCUGCCAUUUUUGCUAGAUCAAACUAAACUUCAUUUUUGGCAACUUUAUGGAUUGCAUUAGAUUACCAAUUAAGGCAGCGUAGAUCUGAGCCAGGUGAUUGACACCUGUCAUCUCUCUGAGACCAUUUUGUGUAUUUCACAGAUUGCAGCUGCUCUGUGCAUGACCAUCUAUGUGGCAGUUGAAAUAAAGUAAAAUAAAGAGGAGUCCACAGGGCUCAUCCAUUCACUACUAGUCA